AUGGCGACGUUUGGUCGAGUCGAGGUGUAUGACAACAAAGAGCCAUGGCCGUCAUACACGGAGCGGCUCGAUGCGUUCUUUAACGCCAACGGCAUCGAGGACGAUGAAAAAAAGAAGUGGAUAUUUCUGUCAACAGUCGGCACAAGUACGUAUGCAACGCUUCGCAGUCUGUUGGCUCCCGAUAAGCCUAAGGAGAAAACUUUCAAAGAACUUAUAUCAACGCUCAACAGCCACUUCAGCCCCGCGCCUUCGGAGAUAGCCGAAAGCUUUCGUUUUCACUCCAGGGUUCAACUUGAGAACGAAAACGUCGCAGAGUUUGUCGCCGAGCUCCGGCAAAUUGCAGAACAUUGCAAUUUCGGCACAGCGCUGAACCGGAUGUUGAGGGACAGACUUGUGUGUGGAAUUCGUGACAGAGGCGUGCAACAGCGGUUGUUAGUUGAGAAAAACCUCACUCUGGACAAAGCCGUAGAAGUUGCAAGAACGGCAGAGGCGGCAGAACUCAACGCAAGCGAGCUGCGCAAGGGCCACUCCGACAGACCCGCUUCUCCUGCUCAAGAAGGCUUGGCGAACCAUCUCAAGUUCAAGAAAAGGCACGCGCACGCACCCAAGGGUCAUAAGGUGCAAGAAUUGAAUCCGAGAGGCAAACCCAAGGCCGGACAUCACGAGAAGUUCAAGCCGUGUAUACGCUAUGGAUCCCGCGAUCACAGGCCUCCGGAGUGCAAACAUAUAAACACGAGUGAUGACAAGGGAAAGCAGCAGCGGGGUUCUCAAGUGAACACGGUGCAGUCUGCGGACAAGCCACCUGAGUACUACCUGCAUUCUCUGCGGACGCAGGAAUCCUUGAAGCCCAUUACAAUGACAUUAAUUGUCAACGGAGUGCCAUUGGAAAUGGAGUUAGACUCAGGUUCUCCAGUUUCCAUAAUCUCGAAGGACACCUACCUGCAGCACCAAGGAGCUUUGCCAGUGCUUUCGCAGACAGACGUCAAGCUCAACUGCAUGCGUGGAACCAUACCGGUGCAGGGAACGUUGUCUGUUCAUAUACGUCUAGGCAAAACUGCAAGUCAGCAGACACUGCUUGUGGUAGCCUGCAAGAGUCCCAGCUUAUGCGGUAGAGAUUGGCUUGCAACCUUCAAUCUUCUGCCACGCCAAGUAAACGCAACGCAGAUGGAUUGUGCCACAGUAGAGAUCGUACGUGCGAUGCUCUUGGAACUUGAAGACAUUUUCAAACCGGGGUGUGGGACACUGAAAGGACCACCAGUGCAUGUCAAGGUUCGACCUGAUGCGGAACCACGGUACUACAGGCCUCGUUCAGUGCCAUAUGCACUUCGAGUCAAGGUUGAAGAAGAACUUCAGCGCCUGGAACAUGAAAACAUCAUCACGCCAGUGGACCAUUCCGAUUGGGCUUCACCAAUAGUGCCAGUUCUAAAAGCGGAUGGGCAAAGUGUCAGGAUCUGCGGCGACUAUAAGAUCGGAGUCAAUCCAGCAGUGGUGACAACACAGUACCCAUUACCUAAAGUGGAAGAUAUAUUUGCGUCAUUGCAAGGUGGGGUCAAGUUUUCCAAACUGGAUUUUCGAGAGGCUUACAACCAAGUCCCAGUGGAUGAAGAGACCAGCAAGCUACUGGUCAUCAACACGCACAGAGGUCUCUUUGCCUAG